UACUUCAAUAAACAAAACCUUCGUUAAACAAUUAGCUACAGUAGUAAAAUUAUGGUUUAACUGUUGUUGAUUUUUGUAAGGAUUACUUUGGCGCCUUUAAUGGCGCUGCCUCAAGUGAGUUGCGGUUUCCAGAUGACACUUGUGUGAUCCUGGGAAUGUUAAGUCGAAUUUAAAAUCCAGAUUGGGUAUUUUACAUGAGGAACGGACAUGAUGUGCAGUUUUUGUGCAAAUAUCGCUUCCAGGCUGGACAUCUGUCGUUUGCUUUGAGCAGGCCUGUGCGUGCGUGCGUGUGUGUGUUGGGAGUUCUUGGAUUGAAUAGAGUCGAUGACCUGUCAUUUGCUAGCGAGAGAGAGAGCGUGUGGGAAAAUAUUUCAGCCAAAGAGCCUGUGCAUUCACAUGCUAAUGCGUAUUCCUAUAAAUACGGGACGUGUGCAGCGCGGAGGGCCUUAGAAACAUUGAGUGAAACUGCACAUAAGCCACUUGAGAUGACUGCUACCAACAUCCAUCAGAAUGCAGGCCAGAUCAGCGCUAAAGAUGAUAGAAAGCUGCGGAAACCGCUUAUUGAGAGGAAAAGGAGGGAACGAAUAAAUCACUGUCUGGAUCAACUGAGACAGACUGUAGUUGGAGUGUUCAGUCUUGAUCAAUCCAAGCUGGAAAAGGCAGAUAUUCUGGAGAUGACCGUGAAACAUUUGCAGAAUGUUCAGAGCAGUAAAAAAGUUUAUGACCCCCUCCUGAACGCAGAGGCUCAACAGAGAUAUAGUACUGGGUACAUCCAGUGUAUGCAGGAAGUUCACAACCUUCUACUCUCCUGUGACUGGAUGGACAAAACCCUUGGGUCUCGCCUUCUCAACCACUUGCUCAAAUCUCUACCAAGAUCACUCAUAAACCACCCUCAGCAUCCCAAGAACUGCCUGACAAGCAUUUCCUCAAACCAAAGUGACAAUGUUGGUUAUCAUUCCAAUGAGAUGGAUAGCCUAGGAACCUGUCAUUCUCCUGUUAUACCUCCUCAAAGUCCGUGCUCUAUUCCUGUAAGGCCACAUGCCAUGGAGAACUCGCACCUCUCUAUUCUAAAGAUGUGGCGGCCCUGGUGAAAGUAUAUGACUGUAUGCGUGUCUGUUUGUUUAUGUAUGACAGUUUAGGAUUUAUGACUAACUUGUGUCAUUGUGUGUAUGUAUGUAUAUAUACAUACAUACAUACAUACAUACAUACAUAAUAUAUACAUAUAUAUAAACAUGUAAGCCAAGAAUGAUAAUAUGCUUGAGUGUACAAAUGUGGAAAUGCAUGCGCACAUAGUGAAUAGGGGUGUAUGCACCCUAAGUGUGCUUUCUGUGCACUGUAAAAAAUAUGCAGCAUUUUUGUGAAAUCACAUAUAUUUUUAGGUUACUUUAGGUACGUUUUCUAGGUAUUUCAGUUUCAACUUGAGUUUAAAAGUUAUGUCAAAUUUUUAAGCCAAAACUUAAAAUAGUAGGUUGAAUUGACUUGCAGAACCAAGUUGUUUGAACUUCGUGCUGCAUUUUUUUUACAGUGCAUGUGGUAGACCCUCCUCUGAUAUGUAUCUUAUAGAUAUGCUUCUCUGCAAGCGUGUGUGAGGUGGAUCCAGUACAGAAUAGCUCUCAUUUCAGACCCUGUCUACUUCCUUUCUGAAGUUAUUCUACUGUAGCCUGAAUUAUAGAAGGCCACUAAUAAUCAGCUUAUUUAUUUAAUUAACACUAUAUAUCAUUUAAUGAUAGUAUUUCUAUGCUAGAAUCUUUUUAAUAUAAAUUUAACACACAUUAGCUACUAAUGUUGUACAUACUUUCAUUACCUUUUACUUUUCUUUGUACACUUUUUAACAUCUAUUAAUAAAUAGU